UUUUUCUCAGUGCAGCGGGAGCAGUACCGCAGUCUGAAGACUUCUGUCUCCAGACUUUAGGAGAAUAAACACAGCAAAAUGGGUUUCGUAAAAGUAGUCAAGAACAAGGCGUAUUUCAAGAGAUACCAGGUCAAAUUUAGGAGGAGGAGAGAGGGAAAAACUGACUAUUUUGCUCGCAAGCGUCUGGUCAUCCAAGACAAGAAUAAAUACAAUACGCCUAAGUACAGGAUGAUUGUGAGAUUCUCCAACCGGGAUAUUGUUUGCCAGAUCGCGUACGCCAAAAUCGAGGGCGACGUGAUCGUCUGCGCUGCUUACUCCCACGAAUUGCCAAAAUAUGGUGUCACUGUGGGGUUGACCAACUAUGCCGCUGCCUACUGCACUGGUUUGCUGGUGGCACGCAGGCUUUUGAACAAGUUUGGUCUGGAUAAGGUAUAUGAGGGCCAGGUGGAGGUUACGGGUGAUGAGUUUAAUGUGGAGAGCAUUGAUGGUCAGCCCAGUGCAUUCACCUGUUACCUGGAUGCUGGUCUGGCUAGAACCACCACCGGUAACAAAGUGUUCGGAGCCCUCAAAGGAGCUGUGGAUGGAGGCCUGUCUAUCCCUCACAGUGUGAAGCGGUUCCCUGGUUACGACUCUGAGAGCAAAGAGUUCAACGCCGAGGUUCACCGUAAACACAUUUUCGGCCUGAACGUGUCGGAAUACAUGAGUCAGCUGAUGGAGGAUGACGAGGAGGCCUACAAGAAACAGUUCUCUCGCUACAUCAAGAAUGGUGUCACACCUGAAUCGAUGGAGGAGAUGUACAAAAAGGCUCACGCUGCCAUGCGGGAGAACCCAGUCCACGAGAAGAAACCCAAGAGGGAGGUGAAGAAGAAGAGGUGGAACCGGGCCAAACUCACUCUGGGCCAGAGGAAGGAUCGUGUGGCCCAGAAGAAGGCCAGCUUCCUCCGGGCCCAGGAGGCUGAAGCUGCUGAGUGAAAGGAUGGUUGACCCUCGCUCCAAAGAAAACGUGCGCCUUGUCCGAAUAAAUCGUUUGGAAAGAC